GGGAAGAAGGCCUGGCGGGGACUGCGAAACCCAUGGCUGCCGCCGGGAAGCUCAGCACCUUCCGCCUCCCACCGUUGCCCACGAUUCGAGAAAUCAUUAAGUUGUUCAGACUGCAAGCACUGAAGCAGCUGUCCCAGAACUUUCUCCUGGACUUGAGGCUGACAGAUAAAAUUGUAAGGAAAGCUGGCAAUCUGACAAAUGCUUAUGUUUAUGAAGUGGGCCCCGGGCCGGGGGGAAUCACAAGAUCUAUUCUCAAUGCCAAUGUUGCCGAACUCCUGGUGGUUGAAAAGGACACUAGAUUCAUUCCUGGAUUACAGAUGCUUUCUGAUGCAGCACCUGGAAAACUGAGAAUUGUCCAUGGAGACGUGUUGACAUUUAAGAUAGAAAACGCUUUUCCAGGAAGUCUUAAAAGACAGUGGGAGGAUGAUCCACCAAAUAUCCAUAUUAUUGGAAAUCUGCCUUUUAGUGUAUCAACUCCACUGAUUAUCAAGUGGCUUGAAAAUGUUUCCUGUCGAAAUGGGCCUUUUGCUUAUGGCAGAACCCAGAUGACUUUGACUUUUCAAAAGGAAGUGGCAGAGAGACUUACAGCCAGCACAGGAAGCAGACAGCGUAGUCGGCUCUCUGUUAUGGCCCAGUACCUCUGCAGUGUUCAACACCUCUUUACAAUUCCAGGUCAAGCAUUCAUCCCCAAACCAGAGGUGGACGUGGGCGUGGUGCGCUUCACUCCCCUGAUAGAGCCCGUGAUAGCGCAGCCAUUCCAGCUGGUGGAGAAGGUCGUCCAGAACGUAUUUCAGUUCAGAAGGAAAUACUGCUACCGAGGACUGGGAAUGUUAUUCCCUGAAGCUCAACGCUUAGAAAGCACUGGAAAACUGCUGCAGUUGGCAGAAGUGGACCCCACUCUCCGGCCCUGUCAGCUCUCUCUCACACACUUUAAGAGCCUCUGUAAUGUUUACCGGAAAAUGUGUGACGAAGACCCACAGCUCUUUGCCUAUAACUUCCGAGAAGACCUCAAGCAGAAUAAAAGCAAAAAUCAGAACAAGGAGGUGCAUCAGGAGAGUUGUGGACUUUAGCUGUUACUUUAGACGCUAACAUUUCUUCUGUGUGUAAUCUUUUGUCUUACAAAGGAUGACGAUACAAAUGCCAACGACCAGAUGAGACUUCUUUUCCUUUUACUGUACAGGUUGGUAGAGAAAAUAAACAU